AGAAAAAAUAUCUUAGGAGACAAAAGUUUCAAUGGGAAAGUUCAGCUUUCUUUUCACAUCUUGCCUGCUCAUCUGCUUCUUGGCAUCAGAGCUAACAUGUUACUAUGCAGAUAGUCAUGGAAUACAGCAGCCAUUUAGUAAGGCCAUUCUGGAGAUGUUACAUAUAAAUACACUUACAUUUCCACAGCGUACUAAACUUCAUCCCUACAUGAGAAAACUCUAUCGACAGCUCAGUUCAUCAGCAGCUAAGGAUUCCACUGAACCCGAGGGAACUCUGGUCCAAAGUUUCAGGAGUAUCAGAGUUCCUGAAUAUGACAAUCCUGGAUGGUUGUGGUUUAACAUUUCCAGCCUCAAGCCCUCUAUGUUGGCAGCAGAGUUGGUGCUACUGCGGAGAACCUUGCAUCCAAAGUCCCUGACGAUCAAUGUAACAAUACAUACAAUUGGUUUUGACAAGAACAACCUGUCCAUCAGUGACCCACUAGACAAGAAGGUAUUGAACCUGAGUGAGCUGCCUUCCUCUGGCUAUGACACGUUCAAUGUUUCCAUCAUUCUGAGAGAGUGGAGGGUGGAUCUGAUAGGAUUCCAGUUUCAGUUUACUGAUGAUAGUGGCAGUCUGGUCUUGCAUGAUGCCCUCACUCAGAAUCUCUACUGUCUCAACACAAGUUCUCAGGAUGAACCACUUCUCAUCACCUAUCGGGUGGGACUGUCUGAAAGGAACAAAAUUGCCAAUUUACGUGGCAGCAGGAGUAGUCAACAGUGCACUAGUGGAUGGAGGAGGAGCCAUCUUCCUCGCAGAGCUACUCCCGGAGAGUGCAGCCUGCACAAAUGGUUUGUCAGCUUACAGUCUUCAGAGUUAUAUCACUGGAUCCUGGAACCUCAGGGUUACUAUGCUAACUUCUGUAGAUGCUGCCUGACCUGCCGAGUUCCUCCAGCAUUUUGUGUGUACUCCUCUGAAUUUCCAGCAUCUGCAGAAUUUCUUAUGUUUAAAACUGCGAGGUCAAGAGUGCAUCUUAUCAUACUGAGGAACAGUUAAUCAUCCCCUAACAGUGGGAUAGAAGCAAUCCUUCAGCCUGGUGUAUAUGCUUUCAGACUUUUGUAUCCUCUGCCUGAUGGAAUAGUGGAGAAGAGAGAAAGUUUAGGGUUGCUGGGCUCUUACUGAGGCAAUAAGAAAUGUAAAUGGAGUCCAUGGAUGGGAGGCUGUUUUUUAUGACAUGCGAACCUGCCUCCACAACUCUCUGCAGUUUCUUGCAGUCAUCAUUUCUAAGGUACAACAAAAAAAGAUUGGUGCAGGUCAACAGCGACAUGAAAAUUUCUUUCACAUCCUGAACGUAGCCCCCCUGGUAAGCCUCAGCCUCGCUCAACUCG